AUGAUUGACGUUUUAUUUUUAUUUAGACGUGAUUUUUAUAAAAUUUUAAAUUUACCAAGAACCGCAACAUUAAAUCAAAUAAAGAAGAAUUAUCGAAAAUUAGCAAAAGAAUUACAUCCAGAUAAAAAUAAAAAUGAUCCACAAGCAGCAGAACGUUUUCAAGAUUUAGGAGCUGCUUAUGAAGCAUUAUCAGAUCCUGAUAAACGUAAAGUAUAUGAUAAACAUGGUGAAGAUGGUUUAAAACAACAAGGCGGUGGUGAUCAAUUUCAUGAUCCAUUUUCCAGUUUUUUCGGUGAUUUCUUUCAUUUUGGUGGAGGAUCAAGAGAUGAAGGACAACAUCAUGUACCACGUGGUGGAGAUUUAGUUGUCGAUUUAUAUGUUACACUUGAAGAAGUUUAUAAUGGAAAUUUUAUUGAAGUUGUUCGAGCUAAACCAGUAGCAAAACAAACAUCUGGUUCAAGAAAAUGUAAUUGUCGAAUGGAAAUGCGAACAACACAAAUGGGCCCAGGACGAUUUCAAAUGAUGCAGGAACAAGUAUGCGAUGAAUGUCCGAACAUCAAAUUUGUCACAGAAGAGAAAGUAUUAGAAAUUGAAGUUGAAGCAGGCGUAGCUGAUGGAUAUCAAAUACCAUUUCUUGCUGAAGGAGAACCUCAUGUUGAAGGUGAACCAGGUGAUUUAAAAUUUGUUAUUCGUAUUCAAAAACAUGCAAGAUUUGAACGUAAAAAUAAUGAUUUAUAUACAAAUUUAACAAUAACUUUACAAGAUGCACUUAAUGGUUUCGAUAUUUCAUUCCCUCAUCUUGAUGGACAUAAUGUAACAAUUAAACGUGAGAAAAUAACUUGGCCAGGUGCUCGUAUAAAGAAAAAAGGCGAAGGUUUACCACAACAUGAUCAAAAUAAUAUCGUUGGCGAUCUUUAUGUUACAAUUGAUGUCGAUUUUCCUAAAGGCGAACUUGAUAAUACACAGCGAGAAGCUGUUAAAAAUCUACUAAAUCAAGAAUCAAAACAUCGAUUGUACAAUGGCAUAUAG